AUGACUUCCUUCGCGGAGUCGAUUCUGAUUCAGAAACUCUCGGAACUAAAGACCACUCAGCCAAGCAUCGCCAGCCUCUCUCGGUGGGUCCUCCAGUUUCCUCAGAAAUCGGGCUCCAUCGCCUCGGUGUGGAUUCAGCAGCUCCGCUUAGUCAACCCGCAGAGGAAACUUAUGUUACUGUUCCUGGUAAAUGAUGUUCUCCAGAACGCCAGAGGAUGGGCCCCGGAAUUUAUCAUCUCGUUCAUACCCGUCCUCCUGGAGGCUUCCUAUCACAUCGCCAUCGAAGGGGAUGAAGAAUGCAGAAAGGGCUUGGAAAAUGUGCUAAACAUCUGGCAAGAAAGAAAGGUUUAUAAUCCCGAGUACAUUCAAAAGCUGAAGUUGCCUUUGGAAAAUGCCUGGAAAUUUCCACCCCCAGCUGCUAGAGAGGAGGCAUCUGGGUCUCAGAAAUGGUCAAACCAGAGAGACCAAGAGUCAGCCCCGAAAGGCGUUCCCAGGAGUCCCUCACCUCAGCCUUCCGUCCUGAACCUGCAGUUAAUUGCCAGAAUGUUAAACAGUCUGCAGAACCUCCAGCAAUCUGCAUUAGCCAAGAGCACCGUGAAAAUACCCAUUCUUCCACCUGUGGAAGCCCAAAGAGCUUCAUUCGUGGAUCAAUUUUUACGUAGAAGAGAAGUUGAGGAAGUUAAGAGGAUGGAAGAAAUAUGUGUGCUCUUAGCCGAACAGAAUGGGAUACUGGCUGCAGAAAUCUACGAACAGCGCCUGCUGUUACAAAUGGUGUUGGUGUACGCCAAGAACCAGAAGGAGGUCUUAGCCGACAAGGAGAAAACAUAUGAAGAAAAUAGGAAGAAGUUUUUUGAAGCCUCCCAAGCCUGCAACCAACUGAGGGCUUAUCUUCAGGUGGCUUUGUUGUUCCGGAUUUCCCAAGAAGGCCCGUUGGCUGGACGUCCAGGUGUUCUGUGUUUCCAGAUUUCCCAAGAGGACUCAUUGGCUGUCCAGAUUGCCCUGUGUUUCCUGAUUUCCCAAGAAGAGUUCAUUGACUGGAUCGUUCGGGUGUUCCUGUGUUUCCAGAUUUCCCAAGAGGACUCAUUGGAUGCUCAGCUGGCCCUGUUUCCAGUUUUCCCAAGAGGACUCAUUGACUGGGAAACCGUUUUCCAACAAUAG